CACACGUCGUGAGAUGAACGCAACUUCUAACGCAUUGCCUGUUUUACAUCUCAUAACCGAGAUUCGAAGGCUUGCCUAUUAAAGCCUGUACACGACGCGCAACUUCACACCAGUCCUGCCUUCCACGCAGGGAUGAAAACAAAAACCACAGAGUUCAAGCUUGUCCUAGAUGCCUUUAAUUUCAUGCGAGCGCCCGGCUGGUGAUAGUUGCAGACAAGAAAUGGAUCAACACAACAAACACAAGGCUGCAAAAGAGAGGUGGAAAAAAAAGCAGUUUUAUUCUUAUAAAAUUCUUAUAAAAUUAUGCAGCAUAGAGUUCACAUGCCUUAAAAUAACAAAGCAAUGCACUGUUAAUUUUCCAGAUUAUUCUUUUUUUGUACUUUAUCCUCAUCUAUCAAAUUAAUCCAGUCAAAAAGAAACAGAAGUCAAUCCAAACUGAGCAACAGUAGGUUUUAGCCCACAAUACAACACACUCCUGACCUUGACAUGAUUUUUUUUUUAACAAUGUUUAAGAGCGUUUUAAACAUUAACUGAUUUAUAACCAGGAGCUGCAUGCGUGCUCUACUCCGGACUCCCAAACCUCAAGUUUUCCUACUGCAAUGCAAUUACAGAAAUGCAACAAGUUUGCUUUACUAUACAAACAAACCCCUUACAGAAAAUGGUCUAAAGCUCUAUUAAAAGCUACAAUCAGCCAAAGGUUAGAGACAGUUACAGAGCAGCUAUAAGCAGAGAUGAGAGAAAAAAAAAACAUAAAGCUGAGCUAAAGAGCCAGUUCAAACCGUGCGCUGAGAAAAAACAAUCCCAUCCGACCGCUCCACCGACUCAAUGCAUUACAGAGGAAAUAUCAGUCUAUUAAAGCUCUCCCCCCAAAACCUUCCCCACCGACGGCAUGAAGUUAACAUACCCGCAGGGAAAUGCGCCUACAGACUGAUAAGAACCCCCAAAAGCAAGGCAGAGACAUCGACCUGUCCGCACGGACCUAAUUCAGAGCUCUGUCUCUGCGCAGCUCAUGUAUGGACUGUAUGAGUGUUAAAUGCGACGGAAGGCAGCGGCACGGUGCGCCGUUUAAGUCACAGAAUAUAAAUUAGUUCUGAGAAUUUCGGGGGCUGGUUUUCUCGAGCCGGUGACGUCGCCAGCUCGCCGUCCAGUGACUGUGCGGGCUGAACCAAAAGCAGGGGGAUUCCGGACCCCGCGAAGCGAAUAACUUCGUUGUUAUCGACAAUUAUACGCAUUUUAUUGCUCGUUUGAACGAGUAUUAAAAUAUAUUUUCGCUCUAAAAAUCGCCAGGUGCCGUUCGCGUCUGAAGCAGCGCUUUGAAACGAGUUGGUUUUGAAAACUUUAGAAAAAAGUGUCUCUCCCCUGCGCCGGCAGAGUGGUACGGUCUCAGGCUCAAAUUCCGAGAAUUGUGCUCCUCUGAUUCUUAGAACAGGGGUUCUUAGAAGUGGUGAUGCAAGAAGUUUCUAGGAAAGCGCUACCAGAACUUGACAAAAUGGCUUGUGCAGCAGACAGCUGCAUACAGUUUACGCGCCACGCCAGUGAUGUCCUUCUUAAUCUGAACCGGCUGCGCAGCAGGGACAUCCUCACAGAUGUUACCAUCCUGGUCAACAGACAGCAGUUUCGUGCACACAAGACUGUUCUCAUGGCUUGCAGUGGGCUGUUUUACACUAUCUUCACUGACUCCCACAAGUGCAACCUUAACGCCAUCAGUCUGGACCCAAAGGUGGACCCCGAGGGCUUUGCCAUCUUGCUGGAGUUCAUGUACACUUCCCGUCUCACACUAAAGGAAAGUCUCAUCAUGUCCAUCAUGAAUACGGCCAUCUAUCUGCAGAUGGACCACGUCGUGGACACUUGCCACAGAUUUAUCAAAUCCAGUGAUCCGACUGCCAAGCUGCCCAGAGAUGAGUUUCUGGUCAGUCCCUUGGUGUUGCCUCAGGACAUCCAUGCGUAUCGACCCCAUGAUGUUGUUGACAGUCUGCACAGCCGCUUGGCUCCGUUCAGGGACGGAAGGCCCUACGGCACAAACAUGUUCAGCAGUGUCAGCACCCCCAGUAACUACCACCUCUACGGGCAGUUUCCCAUGCCGGGAUUCCCUUUCCCGAUCUGUAAGCUGACUGAUACCAAAAACGCUUUCGCCGACCUCUCAAAGAGUGGGAUCCACCACAAACACUGCCCUCCUCAUGACGGCACCAAUGGCAUCAGGGCAGACUACGCCAGAGCGCUUGGUACCGGCUCCUCUGGCAUUAUUCACUCAACCACCUUCGCUUCCAGAGAGAUAGGAAGAGACGAUGAGAUGAGGAAGGAGGGGCACGAGGGCCAGCCCAUUGGCCUCAGCUCAAGGAAGCGCGCAUUCCCUGUGUUGACCCUUGAGCACCAGAAAGACUUGAGCAAAGAGCAUGGUUCACAGGCAGAGGACGACCUCAUCCAUCAGCACUAUCCUUUGGGAAUCUCCGCCGGGCGCAAGAGUCUCAUGAGCAGCCCGCAGAGUCCCCUAAAAUCGGACUGCCAGCCCAACUCCCCGACAGAGUCCAGCAGCAGCAAGAAUGCCAGCCUCUCCCACAUUGGCGGAGGGCAAGUGACGCAGGGUACGCCAGACCCUAAAGCUCGCAACUGGAAGAAGUACAAGUUUAUCGUACUAAACCAGAGCGCGAAAGACGACGAGGCAGGGCUGAGGGAUCCCGGGCUCCGCUCCCCUCAGCGCCUCGGCCUGCAGCCCUACAUCCACCCUGGCGACUCGGAGAGCCUUGACGCGCAAGCCACGAGUAAGAGCAGCGACCACGAGGACCUACCCGUGCCACAGGCCAGCCGUCUCAACAACAUCAUCAACAGUGCGCUCGAGGGGUCACUGAGGAACGGCGACGGCCACCCUUCCCACUACCUGAACCGCCUCGGCUGCUCGACCUGCGGCUCUCAGUCCCCCCAACACUCCAACGUCUGUCCCAACAACCCCAGGUCACGCCUCUCUGAAGACAUGGCGGAGCUCCACUCAGAGUAUUCAGACUCCAGUUGUGAAAACGGUACGUUCUUCUGUAACGAAUGCGACUCCAAGUUUGCCGACGACGAAGCCCUGAAACAACACAUGCUUCAAGUCCACAGCGACAAGCCAUACAAGUGUGACCGCUGUCAGGCCGCUUUCCGCUACAAGGGCAACCUCGCCAGCCACAAGACCGUCCACACAGGAGAGAAGCCGUACCGCUGUAACAUCUGUGGCGCUCAGUUUAACAGACCAGCUAACCUCAAGACUCAUACUCGCAUCCACUCAGGAGAGAAGCCAUACAAAUGUGAGACAUGUGGAGCUCGUUUUGUACAGGUCGCUCAUCUUCGUGCCCAUGUGUUGAUCCACACUGGUGAGAAGCCAUACCCAUGUGAGAUCUGCGGAACACGUUUCCGUCACCUGCAGACGCUGAAAAGCCACCUGCGCAUCCACACGGGAGAGAAACCCUACCAUUGUGAAAAAUGCAACUUGCACUUCCGCCACAAGAGCCAGCUGCGGCUGCACCUCCGACAGAAGCACGGCGCCAUCACCAACACCAAGAUCCAGUACCGCAUGUCCACAGCAGAAAUGCCUACCGACCUGACAAAGGCAUGCUAAGCUAAGCUAAAAGAGGGGAACAAAAACAAAAAACGGUUACCUUGGAGGCAGUCUUGACCCUGGCAUUUAACGACCCCCACCCCCUUCAAACUUGUACAAUCAUCCAAAAUUGUAGUGCCACACUGUGUUUUUGAGACAAUUCAAUUGGCUGCGUCUGCCAUUCUAAACGGGUUUCCACUACAUGUGAUGCUAGUGCCACUUAUGGUAUCUUAGUCACUUUAUGAUUUCUAUAUAGAUCUAAUUAUAUAAAUAUAUAUAUAUAUAUAUGUAUGUUGGGAGUGUUUUUAAGCUUUGAAGGUACGUAUAUAAAAGCUUUAUUUUGUUGAGAAGGACGAAAUGUAAACAAUGUGGGUUUUUUUGUGGAAAAUACAGUAUUUUAUAUCAGAGAACUUACUUUUCUGAAAGUAUUGACAAUUUUGACAGGUGGUACAUAUAUUUUAAGAAAAAAAAUAAACAGGCUUUGUGGCUAUAUAAAUUUGUCUAGACAUUUUUAAGCAUAUGUACAGACACGUAGGCGUAAAAGGCAGGACGGGUGGGGCGCAUUGGGACUGGAGGGAAAACGUAUCGGACGGCUGCUGCUGUCUGACUGUUGUGCAUGAGGUAUUUCUUACCGUUGUCGGGCAGACCACGUAAAUAUUGUGACAUAUUGUGUUCUAUCUGUGCGAUUGCUCUCUGCUGGCAGAGCCAAUCUAAGCGUUUUUUGAACUGCAUUUCUGGGUACUGCUUUGUAACGACCAAGAAAAAGAAAAAAAAAAUAGAAAGAUGUUCUCAUUUUGUUUAUCUGUUUUUGUUUGGGUUUUUUUUUUUUGCUUUUUUUUUCCUUUUUUUGCUUCAGAUGUGUUUAUAUAUAGAUGUGACUUUAGGUUUUUGUUAAUUUUUUUUUCAUAAGUGAAAGUUUACAGUUCUUGCUCUUUGUUCCAGAUCCUACCGUAAACUUGUGUCAAUGUUGAGCUCUUAUUAUUUUUUUUGUUUGUUUGUAGAUACACUGUGUAUUCAAUGUGCCUUUCUCUAAGCUGGCUGACCUCUUCAGGGUUCAGACCAGCUCUAUUAAAGGUACAACUCAAGGACACCACUUGUCCUAAUUCCCAGUAUGUGUGUAUGUGUGUGUAUGUAUAUAUU